UUAAUUUCAGUUGAAAAAUACAUGUGUUAUCUGUCCUAUACAAAGGGAAGGAACAACUACUACAACGCUGUUCUACUACAGUCCUUCACAGAAAAUGACAGUCUGAUCAGCGCCCAGUACCCACUUCCUGACUAUACUGAAGAUUUUCUCAGACUCAUCAGAGAUUUUGAUGCCCGUGUGUUGGUUUUCCUGAGUCCUUUGAAGGAAAUUAAUUCUUCAUCCCUUUGGGUUCCGUCAAAAUCCAACAACAAAAUCCUCGGCAGUUUUGUAGUUAAACUAGCAACAUCAACAAAUUCGGUAAACUUUACAACCAGGAAUAUAGUUUUGCAGCCGAAGGGAGGCAGCGACAUGAAAAUAACUGUGAUGGAAUGUAAGACCUGGAAAGAAGGAAGGUUCCUUGCAGACAAAAGAGUGUUACUUGAUGUGGUCAAAGAGGCAAAAUCAGAGAAAGAUAAGCAAGAGGGAAAAAUACUUAUUUUGUCCAGUGAUGGAGCUACACGUUGUGGAGCAUUUGCUGUUGUCUAUAACGCUCUGGAACAACUCUCAAUGGAUAAAGAUGUGGAUAUCUUAACCAUCACACGACAACUGCAGAUUCGUAGACCGGAGUUUGUGUCUACCUUGGAGGAAUACCAGCUUUGUUAUGAUGUUGUCGCUGAAUACAUGCAGAAUGACAGCGUUUACGCGAAUUGUUAAACAAAGGGAGGAAACUUUCAUAACCAUAAACAGAAUGCAG